AUGGAGAAUUUCUUAGAUGAGUACCCGGGACUCUUCUACAUGGAUGUCGUGUGGAUCGGUUUGGUGUCUGUAGCCGGUGUCAUUGGUAACUUGCUGUCACUAAGUGCCGUGGCCACAACUGCGUCCCUUCGCACAUCAACCCAGCUUCACAUCACCAUCUUGGCGGGGGUAGAUCUCUUCAUCACGGGGGUGCUUGCUCCCUGCCGCAUCGCUACGGAGUACUACUCCGGCCGGUGGCCCCGUACACAGCCCUGGUGUCACUUCCUUGCUUACGCCAUACCCAUCUCCGUGGUUUUCUCGUUGCAGCAACUGGUUCUGAUUGCACAAAACCGGUUCUUGCGAGUGACGAAAUCUGAUUCAGUUUACAGAAAAUUUACCAGCAAACAAGUCGUCAUUGGGCAGCGCGUUAUAGCCACGUCUGUUGCCUGCCUGCUAAUUCUACUGCCCCUCUACACUGAUUUCGGAUCCGUGGGUUACAACCUGAAAGUCCACUUCUGCUUCUUCACUGGACACAACCAACAGGUUUUUACCGGGUUUUCGAUGUUCUUGGCCUUGGUUGUAAUACCGUUUUUCUACGGCGUGACCUUUCACCACGUUCGUGUCCAUCAGAGAAGGGUAGCUGUCUGGUCCGGGAUGAAUAAGGAAUUAAGAAGCAGGCAAGUGGAUACCGACUGCGGAAGGCCUGAUGGUUCCGUUACAGAACUACCCAGCCAAACUUGCCUUCCGCCGACACCGGGCGAGCAAAGUACUGGCACGGAAAAGGCAAACACAAAUAACAAGUCUAUCAACCACUCCCCACAAGACGACAACAAAUUAAACUGCAAAAGACAGACUGUGAGUGUGAUAUCAGGCCAAACCAUCGGAUGCAGUGCCGUCAACAUGUCGUUACCGACCGCCGGUACAUCCGAAGCACAGGGGAACCGGCCGGCGUCGGUUCCUUCGAACGCAAGGCGCAGGCGUACCACCAAGAGCGGACCGACGAAACACGGUGUGAAAAUCACCAGGAACCUUUUCCUGAUAUUCUUUGCUUAUAUUUGCUGCUGGAUGCCAUGGUGGAUCCUGAGCCUAACAGAACUCUAUUCGAUGGACAUACCAAUCCCACUGUAUCAUGUGAUUAAUAACAUGUUGUGGACCAACAGCUGUAUCAACCCUUACUUGUACGCCUCCAUGAGCCGGAAUUACAGGAACGCCAUCAAGAGAUGUUUGAAGUUCAAAUGUCUGUUCAGACGAUGA